AUGGAACCCAUCGUCUACGAAGAGACGCCCCUGGCCGCUUAUCUCAGAGCUCCGACUGACCCCGACGCAAAAGACGGUGGGGAUGGAUCAGAUGGUGAAUGGACAAAUGCCAUUGCCGCCGAACAAGAUGCGCCCUCGACCACCUCUUCCGACCUCUCGCCGCCAGCCAGUCCGACACCCUUUGCUCCCACGGGACGGCCGGCAGUCCGAGCCCGAUUCCGAAACAAUAAGCCAAACAACCUCCCCCCUCUCAACACCGGACGAACCUCAUCGCUCAGGUUGAUCAAGAAGAACUACUCAGCCGCUGUAGCAGCGAGCAUCGACCGAGUCGACAAUGCCAAGUUCCUCGAAAAGUUCCGGUAUACAAUCGUCGCCUCUCAGCUGCUAAGUGGCCACUCCCUGCUGGGAUCUCACCAGCCACCCUCGGUCCUGGAUGAAGUCGUCAGGAGCAAUGGCAGUGGACCCGAGUACUCGCCUGAGGGUAUGAUGGGCAUGGUGAUAGGUGUCCUGGCCGUAGCCGUCAUUCUGAGUUGGAUUGUGGGCAAGAAACCGACAUUUGUCACGCGGAAGAGGCUCAUAUUCCUCAUAUGUCUGGCGGCCGCUGGCGUCGUCCUAGCCAAGGUGUAUAUGAAGAGGCAGUGGCUGCGGUAUAGGAGGGAGCAAGCUCUGUCGGAGGUUGUGUCCUUUGUAUCUGUCGCCCACGAGUUUGAUGCUGCGGGAGGUGCCGCCUUGUCCCUUAUCCAAGAGGUCGAGCUCGUGUCCAGGGGCUACCGGAUAAGCACACCUCUCCCCCCCGUCACCCGCAUAGAGGACAGGACGCAGUCACGGAAGUGCACCCGAAUCCGCAAGGUUCUCCGCGCCGCACUCGCCGACAUACUGGAGACGCACAUCAGCGUAUCGACCGGUGUCAGGGGUUUUGCCGAACAGACGGAUCUGGAAAAGUACCUUGACAUCUACGAGAUCAGCGACUUUGAUAUUUCCGAUGCGAGCCGCGGGUUUGACCCGGAGGAGUUCGAAGACCCCGAAUCAUUACGAACCCUUAAGAUCCUAUCUAGCAGGCUCUACACGAUGCGCAAGCUAUUUCUGUGCUCGUUGCUUGCCCUGGACGCUAACGGCGAGAGCCGAGACCUCCUACGGUGGACGGCCGCUGUUGAAGCCUUGCAGAGCCUCAACACGUCGGCCAGGGAAGCAGGUGCCAAGACGCAAGGCGUCCUCAGCGAGGAAGAGUCAUUCCCACCGCCCGAGUCGCAGAAGUGCCCCCUCACGCCAGGGAGGGAGCGUUGGCGGUCUCAGCUGCAUAAGCUCAACUCGCUAGGGUCGGGUAUCCGAGGCCUGCAGGCCAAGCUCCACCUGCUCAGGGAAGAAUCAGACCGGGCGCUCAACGAUUCGAGCGACCUGUCAGAACUGGCUCCCAAUCUGAUGUCGCAGUACGAAUCGAUCGGCACGGACCUUAGGGAGCUGAUGGGUGCCUGGGAGGAGGGUAAGGCGGCUUUGGCCCAAGGCAUCGACCGUAACGAGAAGAGGCUCUCGUCCAUGAGCACGCUGAUAUCUCCCAUGUCUUCGCCGCUCAGCGGACUGAUGACAGUAGACGAGGACGGCAAUGCAGCAGCGGCCCUCAAGGCUCUCACGGGCGGGUCGUCUGCCGGGUCCGAGUCCAACGAUGAGCCGGAGCGUGAGGUGUUUGAGGCCGUGGCCCUACCUCGCCAGCGGAGCACCCUAACCAGGGAAGAGAGGAUAGCCAGAGUGAGGGACGAGCGGGAGCAAAAGGCCCAGGCGAGGCAGAACCUCGACAACACCCGCGGCAUGAUGAAGGAGCUCGAGACUGUCAUCAAUCUCCAUCCCCGGUCCCGCAUGAGUGCUCCUGCGCCAGGGCGUAUCUCCAUGUAG